AUGGUAAUCGUUUCAGCUCGUGUGUUUAUUCCGAACUAUACGGCUCAAGUGAUAUCUAAUAUUGUUAAAAAAGCUGGCAUGGCCUCCUUGGUUCGAUCUGUGUCGAUAAUGGCUGUUCUCACCAUGAUUAGUACAAUUUCUGGUGGAUUACGUGGCGGCUGUUUUGACUACGCAACAGCCCUUGUCAGCCGACAAGUCCGCCUUGAUUUGUUUCGAUCGUUGGUCGAUCAAGAUAUCACGUUCUUCGAUGUUACAAAGUCAGGUGAGAUAGUUUCUCGUUUGACAUCAGAUUGCCAGACGAUGUCAACAACGGUGUCCACCAAUCUCAACGUUUUUCUUCGCAACGGUGUCAUGCUUAUUGGUGCUCUCGUCUUCAUGUUUAUUAUGUCGUGGCGUUUGUCAAUGGUCACUUUCAUUGCUAUUCCUCUUGUUGGAUUCAUCACCAAGUGGUACGGCGCGUACUAUGACAAAUUGUCUGAGAAAACGCAGACGACCAUAGCUGACGCCAAUCAAGUUGCCGACGAAGUUCUGUCAACAAUGCGUACCGUAAGAUCGUUCGCGUGCGAGCGACGAGAAGCUGAUCGAUUUGAGGGAAAACUUGCUGAAACAUUGAAGAUGAAUAGGAAGAAAGCCGUUGCCUAUAUGGGUUACACGUGGAAUAACGAGUUCUGCGACAAUGCUAUCCUUGUUGCGGUACUCUUUUACGGUGGGCACUUGGUCAUGUCAGACAUGAUGACUACCGAUCAAUUGAUUACCUUUCUCCUAUACCAAAUGCAGCUUGGCGAGAAUCUUUACAACAUUGGUUAUGUUAUGACCGGCUUGAUGGAAUGUGUCGGAGCAUCGAGGAAAGUUUUCGAAUACAUGUAUCGCGAACCGGAAAUCCUCCACGAUGGUAAAAUGAAACCUCCACUCAAUGGUCACAUAGAGUUUAAAAACGUUGACUUUACCUAUCCGUCGCGACCGAAUAACAAGGUUUUGCAGAGUCUGGAUUUGGAUGUCGAGGCUGGUCGUACCACAGCGCUCGUUGGGCCAAGCGGUGGAGGAAAAUCGUCUAUUGUUUCACUGAUACAGCACUUUUACGAACCGAACAAUGGAGACAUAACGAUUGAUGGUGUCAAUAUAAAAGAUAUCUCUCACAGUUAUUAUCAUCAAAAGGUCGCUCUCGUAGCGCAAGAACCGGUGCUCUACAAUGGUUCCGUGCGAUACAACAUUCUUUAUGGUUGCGAAUGGGCAACAGAAGAAGACAUGCUAAGAGCAGCAAAGACGGCGAACGUACAUAAUUUCGUAUCCGAACUUGAAAAUGGAUACGAAACCAAUUGUGGCGAAAAAGGAGUUCAAAUGUCAGGAGGUCAAAAACAACGUAUAGCGAUUGCGCGGGCGUUGGUUCGAAAUCCAGUCGUGUUAAUCCUUGAUGAAGCGACUUCAGCACUGGAUGCGGAAUCUGAAGCUCUUGUGCAAGAGGCCCUGAACAGGUGUGCACGAGAGCGAACUGUUUUGAUUAUUGCCCAUCGCCUAUCAACCAUCGAGAAAGCCGACAAAAUCGCUGUAAUCGAUAGGGGAAGAAUAGUACAGGGAGCGAGAGGUGCAAAAUGGGUACAACACACCAAUGAUCAUAAUCCAAUGACAUAA